GAGGCGCAUUCACCCCGAGUACACACAAGCAGCGGCCACAUCCACUGUAGACAAAUCCGUGCUCAGUGACGUGUUCCCUAUCAGCCUUUUUAUGCAUCUUCAGUCCUUUCGGCUCUUUGGAACUGAACCAGGAACGGAACCUUUGCUCUCGCGCGCGCCUCCGAUCUCUCUUUUGUUUGUUUGUUUAUUUAUUUAUUUAGCGCCUCGAUAGAGUCGUUGCAGGCGACGGCGUCCACCCCCUCUCCUCCGCUUCCCUCCAUCUCCUCCGCUUCGGGAGUGCGACGCGCAGAGACGCUCUGGAACCGAAGCCGCGCAGCUGCACCGCUGUGACCAUGGGCUUCCUGGUUCGAGCUUCCCGUUAACAGUGGACAGACGGAGAGUGGGACAACGGUCCACAGCCGCAGCCUCCACCAGCACCGGCAGCAGCCUUCCUGCGAAACACCACACCACAGAGAGAUAAAGAAGACACCGAGGCGAGAAAGAGUGCAGGGAAGAGAGCGGGCGAGAACAGUCGAUGGAUGCUGUCCGGAUUGAGGGGACAGCAAGUUCUUCACUGACGAGGAAAAAAAAGAUUUCAAAAUUGAUUCGAAGGAUAGAAACUCGCCGUCAGGCAUGGUGUGUGAGAAGGGGAUCCAGAUCCUCCUCACCACCGUGGGGGCGUUCGCUGCCUUCGGCCUGAUGACGGUGGCCAUAGGGACGGACUACUGGCUGUACUCCCGUGCCCUCAUCUGCAACAUCACAUCCAACGUCACGCAGGACGACCCCCACAAUAAGGACAAGAAGGACCCUGGGGCGCUCACCCACUCUGGGCUGUGGAGGAUAUGCUGCCUGGAAGGGGUGAAGAGAGGCGUGUGUUCUCAGAUCAACCACUUCCCGGAGGACGCGGACUUUGACCACGACGGGGCAGAGUACGUCCUACGGGUCGUCAGGGCUUCCAACAUCUUCCCGAUCCUCAGCGCCAUCCUGCUGCUGAUGGGAGGCGUUUGCAUCGCUGCCAGUCGUCUUUAUAAGAGCAAAAGGAACAUAAUCCUGGGAGCGGGGAUUCUCUUCGUAGCUGCAGGUCUGAGCAACAUCAUCGGCGUGAUCGUCUACAUCUCGGCUGCCCUCGGGGACAUCUCCCCCAAGAAGGACGAGGAUAAAAAGUGGCAGUACUCCUACGGCUGGUCCUUUUACUUCGGCGGCCUGUCCUUCAUCAUGGCCGAGAUGGUGGGGGUGCUGGCCGUCAACAUCUACAUCGAGAAGAACAAGGAGCUGCGCUGCCGCUCGCGCACCGACAUCUUCAAGAGCACCACGCACGCCAUGCUGCGCCUGCCCAGCUACCGCUUCCGCCGCCGCUCCCGCUCCUCGUCGCGCUCCACCGACCCGUCCCGCUCGCGGGACCCCUCGCCCGUGGGCGGGGGCAAGAACUUCGGCCUGCCCCCGUCGGCGCUGCUCGCCCAGGGCCCCAUCUCGGUGUCCACGCUGCCCAACCCCCACUCCCGCUCGCACACGGCCCUGGCCGGGGGAGACAUCUCCCUCUACACCCUGUCGCGUGACCCCAAACUGGGAGGCCUGCCGCCCAUGUACGGGACAGUGGACAGGGCCACGCUCUACCAGCUCCACAACUGCUUCCCCAAGGACGGGGGCGGGGGAGGAGGGGGCGUGAUGAUGAGCGGCACCCUCCCCUCGCUCAAGUCCCACAACCCCUCCAACUCGUCCAACUCGAACGCGCCCAUGCCCAACUCGGUGGGUUCCGGCCCGCCGCCUUUCACCGCGUCCACGGUGGACAGGGAGCGGGGCAUGGGGACGCUGGACAGGCUGAAGGGGGACAGAGAGAGCAACUCUAACACCCUCAACAGGAAGACGACGCCCGUGUAGAGGGGAGGCAGAGAGGAGGAGGAGAGAGGAGGAGGAUGGGUAGCAGAGAGAGGGCACCGGGUCAGGCGGACGGGCCCGGCGCCGGAUCUCUCCCUCCGUGUUCCUGUUCCUGCGUCUACCCGAGAACUAAAAGAAGAAGAGUAAUAACAGAGCGAUAAUAACAACAACAAUGAACUGUCACAAUGAAACUAUUUUGAUAUCUUAAUGUGCUAGAAAUGAUUUAUUUUGUUAAUGAUCAAACGCAAUUAACCUUGGGCUAUUAUGAAAAUGUCUCCCAUACUUUUUGUGCAAUAAUUCUGCUAAUUUAACCCGACCAUCAUUCGCGUCAGAUUGUUGUUGUGAUUAUUCUUAGCGUUAUUACGGCCUAGCUGUGUUCGCAAACGCCACUGUAUAGUUUGGAACAAAGUUUUCAUUUUGAUGUGUGUGCUUUGGGUUGUUUUUUUGUUUCCACUCUAUGACUUUUACUGUGAAUUUCUUCCAAGCGGAGCCGCUGGGACUGUCAGUGAGCGGUGUGUAACUGUGUCAACGUGUCAAGCAUGAGUGUGCACAACUCGUGGAAGAGUGAGGAUCAUAUUCAUUGAUGCCAUGACGCCGGAUGUGAAUACUGUAAAUUGUCUUCCAAUAUUGAUUCUGAAAGAAAUGCAACAAUAACGUGAGUGACUGAGACGACUGGCCGAGUCCAUCUGACUUUUCUCUGGGCCUCCGUUCGCCUCUUCAUACUAAUCAGUGUUAACAGUAGUGCUUGUAGCUAUAGUCGUGUUGAAGAUGUCUGUUCUUGGGCAUUAACAGGAGUCCUCUGGGUGGAGGAGAAAAAAAAGACUCAUCAGAUUCUCAUUUGUACAGAAUCAGGUAAAGGUUGCUGCCUGAGCAGAAAAACAAAAAAGAACCUAAUCAUUUUUAAUAUCAACACUCCCAAAGUGACACGUCAUCAUUUUUAGUGGCAGAAAAUACAAUAAAUAAACGUGUGUUCAGGGAGAGUUAAAAAACACUGGAGACAUUUUUGAAGAGCUCUCGGUACAUUGUAACUUAUGCAUAUAGAUCUUUGUAAAGUCUACAGAUGCGUUGGGACCACGGGUUCACCUGGAUGCACUGUGGACAGCAGGCCUCGGUUCCUGCUCCGCCCCCUGGAUGCUCCUGCCCAUAUUUGGCCACAGGGACGGCGUCUCCCGUACCUCGUCAGCUGUGACAGAUCUAACACAACCAUGACCCCUUGACCUCCCCAAAGAUUCUUCACUGUGCUUCCCCUCAGACCGCUGAGCGACCGCUGAACUCUGACCUGUUCCGUUUAUGUCGAUGAGAAUGUAAACACACGUGAUCCACCCCCCACCGAGCGCCAGGCUCCCGGACCCCCCACUGACUGCAGAUCCAGGUGGAGACACGCCUGUUGCGUGAUACAACGGGGGAAAAAAAAACGACAACAGCGAUGACUUGAUGCUUCCAGAUUCUUUAUGAUUUAAUUUCUUUGAUUUAAUUACAGAAAAGAAAAAAAUGUGAUAAAACUGCACACAGAUAGCAUUUAUGUGGGCAAUAUGAAUAGUAUGUAGUUGAGAAUAGAUAUAUCUAGACAACUGAUUAUGGUUUAUCUAAAUGUGUGAUAAACUUAAACACUGUAUUGCACGAAGUUUAUAAAAAACAGUAACUGGCAAAAUCA